AUGAGGAUCCAAGUCUUCCUCUUUCCCAUCCUCUUCUUUAUGAGCCAAGUUCUACCAGCCAGGGGCGGGCUCAGGGAGAUCUGUGAGCGUCCAGAUGGCUCCUGCCAGGAUUUCUGCAUUGAAACAGAAGUCCACGUGGGGAGAUGUUUAAAUGACCAAUAUUGCUGCCUGCCCAUGGGACAUCAACCCAGAAUUGAAAGCACUACACCCAGCAAGAACUGA